GACUCGAACAACGUGAAUGAGGCUGCCACUUGAUUUUAUUUAGUAGUUGUGUCUCCUUCAUGGAGUCUCUUCUCUGUGUUUGUGUAUUAUUCUGGAGCAAUUUAUUACAGUUAGCAAGUCGAAGUAAGGCAAAGGUAUUUAAUUUAUUAUAGGAUUGGGUAAUCUACUUGUGAGCUAUAUAUAUAUAUGGUCAGAGUCAGGAUCACUCAGGACAAAACACGAAGAGGAGGAAGGAGGAGGGAAAGUGAGAGAAAUGAAGCAGAAGAAGGGUACAGAGAUUAGGUCGCGCUCGGAGCUAAGCUCUGCCAUUGAAGAGCUUUCAGUGCUGGUUCUUGUUAAGCCUGGAGAUAAUCAUGAAGCUGCUCUAGUCCCCACGAAACCUUUCCUAUCUCUGUGUUACUUGGUUUUACAAGUUCUGGAUAAGAUAGGACCGACGAUGGCUGUUUUGAGACAAGAUAUUCAUCAGAAUAUUAAGAGAUUGGAAAUGGUUCUCGAAUCAAAUUCCUCACUGAAUUCAAAUUUGGUCGAGAUUUUGAGAACAGAGACUAGGGAAGGGAACGCAAAGAAGGGGGCCAGCUGUAGCAAGGCCUUUGUUUGGCUCACAAGAUCCCUGGAUUUCGCCUUAGCAUUAUUACAGACACUGUCAAUUGGUUCUGGGAAAAAUAUGGAGGAAGCAGUGGAAGAGGCUUAUAACAUUACUCUGAAACCACGGCAUGGGUGGAUUUCAUCAGCUGCCUUCAAAGUAGCUUUGAAACUAGUGCCUGAUAGUAAAACCUUCAUAGAUCUCCUCAGGGAAAACGAUGAAAGCUAUGACGCUCAAACGGAGAAAAUUAAGAUUUUGGUUUCUUUGCUCGCACCAUUUCUUGAGGAUAUCCAUUGUAUUCUGAAAGCCUACGACUUGGAAAACCUGAAGUCCGCAUGAAGUUAAUAACUACUGCCCAGUUUCAUGUUGCACAUAUAUCCGUUUCUCACAUACUUUUAAUGUGAAUAUGUAAAUAUCUUGUAUAGUAAUUUUGCUAACAGAAUCUUACGUUUGGCAUCAUGUUCGCCAAAUGUAUUCUUAAGAACCGGAGAGAUCCACAAAGAAUAGAGGAAUUUACACAAACAUAUUGCACCAGAUGUAUAAUUUUCAGCCUUUUAAAGUAAAGGAAAAAGGACAGCCUCA